AUGUCAUAUUCAAAGACUAGAAACAAUUGUCCAUGUAAAUCUAUUCCAGACAGGCAUGCACCAACUAGCGUAUGCAACAGACCAGGGUCUGAUGCUAUGGAGCUUGGCAUCAAGGAAUAUAUAUAUAUUGCACUAACUACUUGCUUAAGCACCCUUGCUUGCUUAGCAAGUAGUUGUGCAAUAUACAUGUGGUUUGGAGCACCAAAAAUUAGAAAAAUAUUAAAAAAUGCCAAAGCUAAAAGAUGGAGAAUAUUACACAAAGCCACUCCACAUUUUGUUCAACCUUUGUAUUGGAUUGCGUAUUACCUUAUGCGAACCCUAAUACGCGAGUGUUAA